AUAUAUUUAUAUGGUGGAAUUACCAUGGAUUUAUUAUAAUUACUUUUUGUUUUACGAUUGAAAAUUCUAUUUUAACUGAAAGUUAAUCAGUAUAAACCAGCAGACACAAGAACUAACACAGUAUGCUUGCCGACGGGGAAUACGUCGAUGGAUCAUGGUUGUUAUCAGUACACAUAGAUGAUUUGAAUAUUGAUCGUCAAAUUCGUGUACACGGUGAAUGGUCUAUCGGUGAGUUGUUAGUUCAGUUAACUGAAGGCCUAACAUGUCCACUGCCUAAAACAUUGGGUCCAAAUGAAAUAAGUUUGCGGUCAAGUUCUGUAAGAAUUGGUUGGGGUGAUUAUGGUUUGUGGUGGCCAGCACGAUCAAAAUGGUUGUUAAGAUCUCAAUCCAGUCUAAAUCAAUAUGGUUUACAAGCAGAUGCUAAACUACGCUUUCUAUCAAUCUAUGGAAGUUUACAUGUCCAGCUGCCAGAUUUACAAAUUCGUGAAUUUGUUGAUGUUAAUUAUGCUGAACCAGUUUUCCGGGUCACUCUGUCUCUUUGUCGUUAUUUAAUUAUACGACAUCCUGAGGAGUUGUCACUUGCUCAUCCGAUUCAACAGAAUGACUUCAAACAUUCACGUUUUGCUCCAGGUUUUAUUGAUCGACGUUAUCAUACUAUAUCAUCGAUAGGUAGGCAUGCUACAUUUCACAGAAGCGCUACCAUAAAUACAACACAUUCACAGUAUAAAACAUUAUGUCGAGAAUCCUUGUUCCGAAUGAAUGGUGUGAAUAAUACAAAUGAAGCUGAUAGACAGGAUAGGGCUAAUUCUGAAGGUGCAUCAAGGAAGAGCUCCUCUUCAUCAAGACAAUCAGCACAUCUUUUCGGCCCCCAAGAAUCCGUGAUAAACGGGAUUGAUGCACGUGGUUAUCUAUCGAAGUUGGAUAAUUUAAACUCUCCGCCAAUUAGUCGACCAGCUUCACCAACUCAUCUACAAAAUGGUGAUCAUCAGAACAAACCAACUAGUAAUUCUAACGUUGGCAAUGCUAAUACGAAUGCUAACAAUAAUGUUAGUAAAGAGGAGGCUAAAAAACCUCCAACACUUUUAUUACGCUAUAAAUAUGGAACGUUUUAUGAUUUAAAUAUUAAAUAUGAUGCAAUUCGUAUUAACCAGCUGUAUGAACAAGCUAAAUGGUCAAUUAUCUCAGAGAUAUUAGAAGUCACAAAUGAAGAGGCCUGUUUAUUUGCUGCACUACAAGCUCAAGCUGAACUGGCCACUGAACAAGAAGCCCUACUAAACGAUGAAAAUCUAUCACACAGCCAAGAGAUGAAUGGCAACACCACAGCCAUCGCCAAUACCACAGCUAACGGUACAAAUCAAUUACUCGAUAAUCUGCUGGAGAAGAGUAUUGCUGAGAACUGUAAGACAAAUAUGAAAAAGAUAACAUCAACAAUGGUGAUACACAAUCGUGAUAUCUCUCCACUCGGCAGGUAUCUACACACAGGUCGGCAUAUAAAAACACUAUCUAGACCAAUGAGUGCAGUAGAGUUGGAUAGUGAAAUCGAUGCUAUGCUUGAAGAGUUGUCAAUGAAUUGUCUAGAGAAUACAGAUGGUUGUCUACCAUCAGAUGGAAUUAAGACACAGCAUCGUUCAAGGCCAAGACAACGAUCACCACGUCCAUUAAGUCUGUUGGAUAAUAUGGAUGGGGGAAGUGACUUGUUACAGGAUACAAAUGACAGUGAUCCUGGUCUACCAGAGUUGAACACUUAUGUGAAGAUCUGUAAGCCAAGGAAAUUCGGUUUGAAGGUGUAUCGUCGUUAUUUUAUGGCGGUUAAACGAACUGAACUUUUCGUUUACAAGAACAAAGACGACUACAAAUCGGAAAGUGAUGCAGCUGAAGUCAUCUAUCUACCAGGAUGUGAAAUUCAACCAGAUCUAUGUGUUUCAUCAGAAAAAUCAGAAAUCACUGCAUACUCCAGCCGAUCAAAAUUCACCUGA